CCAACACAGGAAGCAACUAUAGGAAUUUUUGUAAAAUGGGGUAUAAAAUAAGGGCACCCCAAAGCUCAUCUGUACAUCAUCUCCACCUCUGCGGGCUCAGAAGAAAGAGUUAACAACAAACAAGAAGAAUGAAUUUCUCUGGAGUCAUCUUUUCUGCUGUGGUGCUGAUUCUGCUUUCUGACAAUGCUACAUGCAAAAGAGACUGCAAGUCUGAAUGCUGCUCGUUUGUGGAGGGCUUUCCCUCGAGACUGAAGGAGCUCCGCUCGUCAUAUAAACAAAUAUUCAAGUUAUACGAAUCCAAUGACGACCUCGAAGCCUUAUUAGACAACAAUAUGCAGAAGAACAUCAAUGGUCCUCACGGAUGUCAUGUCGUGAACGAUAUUUUGCACUUCUACUUGGAAACAGUCCUGCCGACAGCCAUGAAGGACAACAACGCGGGCAUCAAAUCGCCCAUCAACUCCAUUGGAAAUAUAUUCAAGAGUCUCCAGAGGGACAUGGUGAAAUGCAGGAUUUACCUUUCUUGCCAUAAGGUCUUUGAUAUCACCAGCAUAAAAGACUCAUAUGAAAAGAUGGAGGACAAGGGCAAUAACAAAGCAAUGGGAGAGCUUGAUUUGCUGUUUAAGUACAUUGAACAAUAUGUAGCAUCAAAGAGAGGCAGACACUAGUAGGAUGUCACCUUGGGGAUUGGAUGGUCGGCAUGAUGGACUUGCAUCUCACUACAUUCUGAUGCAGUGCCUGUCUCUCUCUCGUCUUCAGUUUAUGAGAUUCUAGAAAUAAUGUCGCAUUGUCAGUUUGACAUGGUUACCUCGAAUGCUUUUUAAGUCACAUUGACCAGGAUAAAUCUGAAAUUUUGUUGUAUUUUGACAACAUGAAACUACUUGAAAUCUUUUUACUUUAUAUACUGAUAUUUAUACAUAUUUGUAUUUAUUUUUUAAUUUUUCACAAACUUAAUGUUUUUAUUUACGAUGCAUGUAUUUUAUAUUGUAAUGAAAAAGUUGAUCCAUUAUUGCAAAUAAAUGAACAAACAUUUCCUUA